AAAUAUAGUAUGUUUUAUUUUAUUACAGCAGAAUCGGCACAACUUCCACUUACCAAAUUCGAUAUCAAUGAACACAGGAAACGUCGCUCUGAAGAUGAACUACAAGUGCGAUUAUCUGGUAACCAAAUGCGUGCGCGCGCGAUAUUGCUUAGCAAACGCAGCGCGAAGGCAGUUGCCGUUACCAUAUAGGGCAACCGCCGGGAGGCGUGAAGGUCAGGGAAAUGGCCAGAAAUGAAGCGGGAGAAGGGAAAAAAAGCGGACCAGAUGGGAAAAUGGCCAGGACGUCAAAAAUGUUGCCAAAACGGCAGAAGCCAAGCGGGAGAAGGUGAAAAAAGAGCAUUUUUGCGGUUUGGCCCACUUGAUAUCGGAAAAAGAGACGGACUAUUUUUUGCUCCGCCCGCUGGCCAGCUGCGUUGGAGAAGCAGGCCCGCGACCUGUUCGGAAGCCUUGGGCCGCUUCGUAACUGGAAAAAGUUGGGAAAAAAUGGCAAAAAGUCGCGGCAUAACGUGGGUGGGAGCAAUCGUCGGAUUUUGUCCAGAUCACCCGGGCCGCUUGGAAAAUGGGAAAAGAGGAAAAAUCUUGCAAAAGCGCAAUCCUUCCGCAGGCUUCAAAACUGCCAGUCAGCUGAGGGCGGUGAAAAUGUGCAGAGCCCUUCGGCCGACUAAAAACCUGAAAAAAG